AUGACAACCAUUUCGCCUUUUACUCCUCGUCGCGGGACCCAGCGAGCUUCGCAUCUGCGGCACGUCAGUAACGGCAGCGCAGACUCGAAUUUCAGCAACCGUCCCACGCCUGGAGCCUCAGAUACUGGCACCGCCCAGCAUGAUGGAAUAUGCCCGAAGGCAUCUGUGGAGAGGAGAUGCAAUCUCUGGGUACACGAGGAGUCUUUCUCUAAGAAUGAUGUCGUCCUCAAUUUGGAUUUAUUUCCAGACGUCAAGCCUGGGGAUCUUAUGGCAAUUGUAUCGUUGAAGGCUGAUUUGGGCGUGCGUGACUUCCAGGAGAAGGCGCAUACCCCAAAGAAGGAUGCAGACAAUCUUCCAGCUACGAUGAGAAGCGAGCGAAGCAAUUCGAAUCCAAAAAGCCCAAGCCAAGCUAGCGGAACGGAUAUCAGGAGUGAAGUUGAGCUCGGGAGAAGAUGCUUGUUCAUUGUGAAGCCGAUGUCUUCCGAGAUGAAAGCAAAGCAGCCAGGUCUAGAGGUAUCCGUUGCAAAGCAUAUUGCUGAUAUCUUUCAUUUCAAGCAUCGAUCUAAUGUGCUCGUCGCUAGCGCUGAUAUUGCUAGUUGCUCUGCUUCUCAUGUGGAAAUGUCCUUUAAGGAUGAAUAUCUUGCACGGUCUGAUAUGUGGAGGCUGGCGGUCUAUGAACUCAGCAACAAAACCGUAUUCAAGGGCCAAAAAAUACUGUUCAUGGGCACGAUCAAGGCGCAGGUGACAUCUGUGUAUGUCAAUGGCCGCAAGGUUCAAUCCGCCUUCUUCUCAACGGACACGAAACCAAUCUUUCGGAGUGAGUCAGCGCGCUAUGUGCUCUUCAUCCAGAUGUCUAGGGAGAUGUGGGAUUUUGAUUCAGAGGGGUCUGGGGAGAUCAUGUUCAAUAAGGUUGUCAAUGGCUUCCUCCCCGCCCUCUUCAAAAAGUGGGUCGCACUCCGAGCAAAACAUCUUGUUAGUAUCGUGCUUUUUACGAGAGUGGAAUAUGACACGGGACUCACGUCAGAGCUGGGAACAAGCGUACACGACAACGGAUAUCACACUGGCGUCCAGACGGAUGGCAACAAGAAGCCUUAUAAAGAUUUCUAUCGUGUUGUGGUUAGUGAAAUGGCCAGCGGAUCGUGGACCACUAUCCUAUACCAAUUGAAGCGUGAAUUCAAGUUCUUCCGGAAAGAUAUCUCGAUGCAUCGAAUCGACACAGUCAGCGGUCUCGACCCUGCACCACCAGAGAGUAAGAUGAGAGGAGCGCUAGGAACACGGAUAGAAGCUGAACCGUCGCUCGCGAUGUAUGGAAAUGUUCUUGAGGCAAUCACCCUGGCCUCGUCUCAAUUCUCGCAUGAUUAUAUCGAUCGCGAUUUGAUGCGAACCGGAAUUUCAAUUGUGGUCAUCACUCCUGGCCCUGGUCUCUUUGAAGUCGACUACGAUACCCUGAGAAUGACCACCGAGGUUCUAACAGGAAAUGGAAUUGGGAUAGACCUGGUAUGCUUGCCCAAGAUGCCUUUGCAUUCAGUUCCAAUCUUCCGAUAUCGAAAUCCGCAAUAUGCUGCUUUCCAAGAAGCGCUACACAUGAAAUCACUGCGCAGCGAGGACAGCACGCCACGUCAAAAUGGAGCUAUCUUUGGGAGCUUUUCAUCCUUGAAUGAAUCGAUAUCACCAACCAAAGCAUCCUUACCUGAUCGCAGCCUGCGCAAUGGAUCAUUCCAUGCCACCAAUCCUAGCGAAUGGAAUUACGCAAUUCCCCAUUGGAUCGAUGUCUCCUACUGGACGGGGGCAUCACAAGACCUACAUCUCAUAAACCCUGCACCAAAACAAGGCCUCAAGCAUUUCAAGAAAUUUGGAACUCAAAAUCCCAGCGAUUUUGCCGUUCGAUGUAAGAUGUACGAGAUGGAGAUGGCUAGUGUCAUGGAGAAUGUGAUGACGGAGAUUUCUGUCACUCCUCUGCAGCACGAUGCAUUUUUCCCAAAAAUAAUGAUACAACCUCAAGACGGAUCCGAGAAGCAGACAGAUCAGCAUGGUGCAUCUCAUUCGAUUCGCCGGGAGAAAGCUUAUGCGGGUCUAAGUGAACUUGUCAAUGGCCCUUCAAGACCAUUGGUCGAUCGGAACUCGAGUCAGACGGAGAAGGGGUUCUACAAAAUGCUUGAUGCUUUUGAUGUGACCACCUCAGAGUUAGUCGCAGAGCCCCCUGAGGUCAGGCAGAGAAAUAAUGGCAAGAAGUCUUUCAAAGCGGGUAGUGAGGAACCUACAAGGAAACCACCUGCGGAAGAUUCAACGCCCUCCGGUGCGUCUCUUAACGAUGGCCUGGGGAGCCCCAAAGGUAUGGCUAUCAAGGGAGCGGCAAGUCCUGGUCGGAGCAAUUCUCGAGCUAUGGAGGAAGUAUCCAAACCCCGCACAGAUAGCGUUAGCAGCACUACGACGACAACAAAAUCGAGAGUGUCGCCUCUCAAAGCUCCUAAACUUGGACGCCAAAUUAGUCUUGGAAAGCAUGGAUUUGGUAUCGCAGCCCCGAAAGCCUCUACAGCAGAAUUGCAAACAGAACAUGUCAGUGCGGCGAAGCUGAGCACUGGUUCAAUGAAGGCAGCGGAUACAAAGAGGCCAACCAGCAGCACUAUGGCAAAUCGCCUGCUGGGUACCGCGUCAGAACGGCCCACAUCAUCCCACAGUGAUAAAUCGAGGACCAGAGCGGACACCGCGCCUUCAGAAACUAAAGCUUCUAAUGAUACUGAGUCCAACGAUAAAACCCCAACACCGUCUGCCAGGCCUAUGACGAUCAAAGUCGCGCUCCAGAAUCUCGACGCCACGAAUCAGUUCAAGUCAAGAUCAGUCCUGGGCUCUGUCUACGAAGGGAUUGGUCGGCAUGGUGACGAAGAAGCUAGUCUUUUACACUCCCUCACAAGAUCUGAUGACAGCCAGAAAUUAUAUACCUCAAAACUACUCGCAGGGUCCGUACCCGAGCUUCCGGCUACACUCUCGCCAACGACGGCUAUGGCUCCUUGGCUAAAUGUAUUGAACCCAUCGAACCCUACAUCGAAUGAUGUAUCUGGACCAAGUCAGUACAAGCGUUGGCAGCAUGUAUUUCCGAGGCCAAUCCCGACGAAGACGAUGAAAUGGAAGUCCCUCUGCUCUCCCGCUUCCGUGCCCCUGACAACUGAGUACUUCCCCACCAAGCAUCAACUGGAUACGGAAUAUCAGCAGAAGCCGUAUAACAUCUCUCAAAACACUGAUGAUGACUUGAAUGAGGUCACUAAGUCUAGAGAAGAGUUUCUCAGGGAGCUCAUCGCUUUGCGUCUGUCCCAAGGGUUUCAAAUUGUCGUUGGACCAGCAGUCGCUGAGGCAUUUGGGCAGAAGUCUAUGAAGAUUGCCAACGUGUUUAAGCGCGACCGCAUUGCAGAAGAUGGAGUUAGUGUCUUUAUGUCGAUGGGAAACAUUAUUCAUCAGCUGUCUUGCGUCAAUGGGACCGAGAUUGCAGUCAAUAUGUUUGUUCGAAAACCAAUGGCUCCGACUGCAUCUAAUUCCGGUGCUGUUGCACCCAAGGUUUACAAAGCUGCCAUCCGCACAACCUUGGGAGAUAGUUACGAGUCACGCGAGAUCAUCCUUGGCAAACCGAGGGAGGAGUAUAAUUGGAAUUAUGUCGACACCUUCAUUGCUGGAUUCGAUGAGGAAAUGUCCGAGCACCUACGCUUCUGGCGUGCGCGCUUUGUUUUGAUUCCUGUGGAGCGGCCAUCGCAUUAUCAACGGCGUCACGGAGAAGACAACGAGGAAGAGAUCCGGCUGGAAGGUAUCAAAAGACUUACACAGAUGUGGCAACGCCACAGAGUUAUUACUGCUUCAGAACGCCGGUUCCAGAGUCUUACCACGAGGAAGACGAAAGACCCGAACCCGCUGGACAUCGUGUACAAGACGGAAGAUCCCUCGCUUGUCGUGACAGCAGAGCUGGAAACCUUGCCAUUGGUCGAGACCGGUGAUGGUGGUCCUCGGCGUGGCCAGCUGCUCGAGUCCGAGCGGUUCCGCAAGUCGAAGCUUGAUAUUGCAGAAUUGGCCGAAGCCAUCCAAGCACCUGUCGAGAGAGGCGGGGUUCGGAUGCAGAAUCGCAGAUGGCAUUUCCGAAUACACUACAACUGUUUCAUCGGCUCUGAUAUGACCACAUGGCUACUUGAUAAUUUUGAAGAUAUCGAGACCAGAGCAGAAGCAGUUGAGCUUGGCAACAUGUUAAUGGCCAAAGAUAAGGAUCGCGAAGGUUCCAGGGAUGGUAAGGAGAAGGAGAAGGACAUGGGGAUCUUCGUUCACGUCGAGAAGCGGCAUCCUUUCCGUGAUGGGCAGUACUUCUACCAAGUCACAGGGGAGUAUGCCAAGCAACGCCCUGAGAGUCGGAGUGGCUGGUUUGGAUCGCGACGUCGGGAUACCUCGAUACCUGCAACGCCAAUCCCAGAAACACCUAGAGACUCUCCCAGACCCGAGCGAUCGCUGUCCAGCUCAAGUUACGACGAGAGAUCUUCUGAAUCCGGGGCGACGACUCCAACGACAACAAUAGCGGGGCCUGGGAAGAAACCCAAGGUUGCUCUCAGCAAGGUCAUGAAGUACGAUGUGGACCAUCGCAAACGUUCAUACCGUCCUGAGCGGAUCAACCUUCACUACGACCGACUGCAUAAUCCGGAUAAUUGCUAUCACAUCCGGAUCGAUUGGAUGAGCGUGACGGCAAAGCUGAUCGAGGACGCAAUCGAAUCGUGGGCCUCAACCGCUGAGCGCUACGGGCUCAGGCUCGUUGAAGCACCCAUCGGCGAAGCGUGCACCAUCACAUCUGUCAACCCCUUCCGGAGCCCUUAUAUUAUCAAGCUCGCCGCACCGCCUCCCGAUCGACGACCGCCGACGUACUACGACCUCAACUCUUUCGCUCCUCAUGCACAAAGCAGCCCCGCCAGCCGCCACUACUACCAAAAAGCUAUUAUGAAGAAGUUCAACUUCGUCCUGGAUAUCGAAGCGGCGCGUAACUUCCCCAGCAAUGUUGACGUGACGUACUCGUGGGGCCGGCCGGAUUUCAAAUACACCCAGUACAUCCACCGGUCUGGCGUGGUCCUGGCCGAGAUCACGGACGAUGGGAACUUCCUCCUCCUCGCAAAUCGGUUGUACAAUAACAGAACGGUAGCCGCGAGGGAAUCCGACCGGUACGUCAAGACCGACAGCGAUUGGCCCCGAUACGCCGACCGAUCGACGCCAGUCUCGUCGCCCCUCCUCAGACCGACGGCGCCCGCCAGCCUCCAGUCCCCCGUGCUGAAGGCGACGGGCGACGUGCUAGGCCCCAGUCUCGCCAGCGCCAAGUUCUCCAGCGUCACGGCGCCCGAGGCCGUGGGCAAGGAGCUCGAAGCCUUCUGCCACGAUGCCGGGGCGCUCGAGGCCUUCUACCGCGAAGUGUACGAGCGCGCGGCCCCGCCCAGCGCGACGCCGCCGCCGCCCUGGGUCCUCCGCAGCCCGUCGGUCACGGGACUGUCGGACGUGCCGGCGCUGGGCCUCCCGCCGGGGAUCCUGUCGCUGUCGAUGCGCGACGCGAGCCCGUCGCCGAUGCGGCUCGCGAGCGUCAGCGGCAUUGGCAGUCCGAACCCGGGGCCGCUGGGGCGGCGGCCGAGCGUGCAACUGGGGGGGUUGGCUCAGGUGCAGGAACAGAGUCGGGAGGCGGAGGGGAUUGGCGAGGGGGAGGAGAAGUCGUGAGGGAUGGUGUUUGGGCAUCUGUCUUGUAUAUGGAUGAUGGAUGGAUGGGUUGGAUGGGUUGGAUGGGUUGGAUGGGUUCGAUGGGUUCGAUGGGUUCGAUGUAGAGGGGAUAACUAAUUGUAUUUAUAUAAUAGAUAGAUAUCGAUAUACAAAUAAAUAAGUAGGUAUUCUUACUUAACCGC